AUGCCCUCAACCCGGUCCCUGCGGGGACUUCAUCACGUAGCCUGUCCCGCCUGCUCCCGGCCCCUGCAGGAUGCGGUGACCAUAGCCUGCGGACACAGUGUCUGCCUACCUUGCCUCCCGCGCACCCCGAUGGGGGCCAAGCUGCUGUGCCCGCUCUGUCAGGAGGAAGAAGAGGAGCCAUCCCAGGCCGCAGUGGCCCCGGUGCCCCUGGGUCCCCUGGGCGAGACCUGCUGCGAGGAGCACGGAGAGAAGAUCUAUUUCUUCUGCGAGACCGACGCGGAGCUGCUCUGCGUGUUCUGCAGGGAGGGCCCCGCCCACCAGGCGCACACCGUGGGGUUCCUAGAUGAAGCCAUCCAACCCUACAGGGAUCGUCUCAAGAGUCGCUUAGAAGCUCUGAGGAUGGAACGGGACAAAAUGGAAGACAAGAAAUGUCAAGAAGACCAGAAGCUCCGAGAGCUCCUGAUGCAGGUUGAAAGCAAGAAGCAACAGGUAGAAGCUGCAUUUGAAAGGCUGACACAGGAGCUUGGGGACCAAAGGCACCUCCUGAUGACCAAGCUGGAGGGGCUAGAACAGCAGAUCUGGGAGGAGAGGGAAGAGUACAUCACAAAGGUCUCUCAGGAGGUCCACCGGCUGGGCGCCCAGGUUGAGGAGCUGGAAGAGAAAUGUCAGCGACCAGCAAGUGAGCUUCUGCAAGAUGCCAGAUUCAACCAGAGCAGGUAUGAGAUGAAGACUUUUGUGAGUCCGGAGGCCAUCUCCUCUGAUCUUGCUAGGAAGAUUCGAAACCUCCACAGGAAAAUACUUGGCCUCCCAAAGAUGAUGAGGACAUUCUCAGGAGUGGCCCCUGAAGUGGCCAGGGUGAGGAGAGAGCAGGCCCUAGACACCAAGGACAGCGUUCUUGCUCCAGCUGGACAGCACCCACCUGUCUUGAACCAAGAGACACAGCUCUUCAGUGUAGACGUGGCCCUGGACUACCAGACAGGGUGA